GUUGUAAAAUGGCAGGGACCCUGAGAACCGCCCUCAAGUUAACUGCUCUGUCAGUACUGGUCGUCUUCUGUCUUCAACUUCACAUCUCCAUCAACAAACCAUGGUACAGAUACAAACUCAUGAGACUACAGAUAAUGACGGUUCUGCAAACCCUUCUAUCCUACGGCAGCUACUACCUAUACAGAUCUUACAAAAUUUCUUCCCUGUGGAAGAAAUUUAUCGUCCCCAUCAUCUUACUGACUCAUUUCUCUUUCGUUGCUCAGUACAUGUUUGUAUCAGAUAACCCCUCCCCAAUAACAAUUAUACCAUUCCUUGCAAUGUCAUGCCACGUGUUCUUAUUUAUAGGGACUCUCUGUGGAGAUAUCGGAACAUUCAUCUUCAUACCCUUCACAAUGAAAAUCAGUAUAACUUACCAGAAGUUUAAGUUGAACUUUGUUCCGAUAUGUGCUAUAAUAUUGACGGUAUGGUCGUAUGUCAACACAGUUCUCCCUCCUCAACACAGCACAGUUCAUGUUCCUAUCAGUGGACUGGAUCCUAAGUUUGACAAAAUGCAUAUUAUGCACCUGUCUGAUAUUCAUGUGGGUCCGACCACGGGCAAGGUCUUUGUGGACUGGUUAGUGAACGAGGUGAACACGUAUAAUCCUGACAUGGUCUUUAUAACGGGAGAUUUGGUUGAUAGUUCCGUUAAGAAUCUCAAGAAUGCCGUAUGGAAUCUCAAGAAUCUGAAGUCGAAGUACGGGACAUUCUACGUUACAGGAAACCACGAGUACUACACGAAUGAUGUAGAUAAUUGGUUAAAUUACUUGAGAGAUCAAUUAGGAUUAACCACUCUUCACAACCAACACCACCUUGUAAAAGAAGGAAAUGCUACCUUGUGUGUAACUGGUAUUGACGAUCCUCAAGCCGAGAAAAUGAGUUACACAGACCACAGUCCGGACCCGGUAGCAGCAGCAGCAGGGUGUCCUGACGAUACCCCCAUUAUUAUGUUAGCUCACCAACCUAAAGCUGCUAAACUCACCAUUAAACUGCUCCCUCGAGUUGAUCUUGUCUUGUCAGGGCACACACACGGAGGACAGUUUUUCCCAAUCCACAUUCCAGUGUACCUUGUUAACCCGUACUUUGCUGGACUGUACCAAGUAACACCUGACACCCACGUGUACGUGUCACGUGGCCUCCGAUUCUACGGUGCUCCUACACGUCUGUUUUCGUAUCCUGAGUUUACUUCUGUCUAUCUUCACAGCAAACCCCAGGAAUAACUUCUAGUUGUAUUAUUGUAGGCUGGCGGUACAAUUUUAAUUAUACUUUAAAAGUGAACCUGAGCAUGUAAGUGUGAUUGUUUGUUUGCUAGCU